CGACCUCGUUACGAAACUCGGCCAUUUACCGGCGAAUGAGCUUCGUCCACGUUGAGGCACUGACGAAUUAUUUGCUGAAUAUCGCAUAACUUAAUUGCAAAAAUCGGCCGUUUUUAAUCGUUAUUUAGUGUUCGUGUCUUGCAGAAAACGAAGGUGCCAAAACCAUGAGGGUGGAUAAGAAGUUACUGGGCCUGCUAUUUGUUGCCAUUUUAUUGGUGGCGCAGGCAUCUUUCACAAGUGCCCAGCCUGAGGAUGAUGGAGAUGUGGAAGAGGAGGAUCCCUUGCUGGAGGAACCACAGCAAGAGGCAAAAGAGCCAGAAGUAAAGAAAGAAAGACCUGUGUAUAUAAGUCCAAAACCAACAGGCAAUUACUUCCUUGCUGAGCCAUUUGAUAACAAAGACGGUUUCAAAAAGAGGUGGACAGUUUCUUCAGCCAAGAAGGACAACACUGAUGAAGCCAUUGCCAAAUACGAUGGUGUAUGGCUUGUUGAAGAGCCUGCUGACAAUUUGGUCGAUGGGGACAUUGCUCUCAUUCUAUCGUCAAAAGCCAGACAUAAUGCAGUAUCAACCAAACUCGACAAGCCAUACAAAUUUAGUGGCAAGCCAUUUGUUAUGCAGUAUGAGGUGCGAUUCUCAACAGGACAGGACUGUGGAGGUGCUUAUGUGAAGCUGUUGACUGAUGCACCAUCUUUGUCUCUGCCUAACUUUAAUGACAAGACACCCUACACGAUUAUGUUUGGUCCUGAUAAAUGUGGAUUGGAUUCAAAGCUCCACUUUAUAUUCCGACACAAGAAUCCUCUAAAUGGCAAAUUCGAGGAAAAACAUGCCAAGAAGCCAAGUGGUUCCCUCGAUAUCUAUUUUACCGACAAGAAAACACAUCUUUACACCUUAGUGAUAACUACCGACAAUAUGUUUGAGAUCUUUGUUGAUCAGAAGCUUGUCAACUCUGGCAACCUUCUCGAAGAUAUGGCCCCCCCAGUCAACCCACCGAAAGAGAUUGUGGACCCCUCUGACACCAAGCCCAAUGACUGGGAUGAGAGAGAGAAGAUCCCAGACCCUGACGCCUCAAAGCCUGAAGACUGGGAUGAGAGUGCCCCCAAGGAGAUCGAAGAUAACCAGGCUGUGAAACCUGAGGGGUGGUUGGAUGAAGAGCCAGAACUGAUCCCAGAUCCUGAGGCUGAGAAGCCAACUGACUGGGAUGAUGAAAUGGAUGGUGAAUGGGAAGCAGCCAUGAUUAGUAAUCCAACUUGUAAAUCCGCUCCUGGCUGUGGAACGUGGAAGCGCCCGAUGAUUUCUAAUCCCGAGUUCAAGGGCAAGUGGAAGGCUCCCCUGAUUGAGAACCCCAAUUACAAGGGCAAAUGGAAGCCAGAGAUGAUCCCAAACCCUGACUACUUUGAGGAUCUUGAACCUUACAAAAUGACUACUAUUGGUGCUGUAGGUCUUGAGCUGUGGUCCAUGUCAGAUGGUAUUAUAUUCGAUAACUUCCUCAUCACCGAUGAUAAGAAGGUGGCCGAUGACUUUGCCAGAGAUUCCUGGGCAAUUAAAUAUACUGAGGAAGAAGCACAGAGGUCUUCACAAAGUGUGGUUGACUACUUGAUGAGUGCUACCGAAGGCCGCCCCUGGAUGUGGGCUGUCUACAUAGUCGUUCUUCUCCUACCGGUGGUUCUUCUCUCUAUUUGGUUGUGCCCUAGGUCGGGGCCAAUCAAAAUUCAGUCAGAUGAGGAUGCUGCAUCUCGUAAGAAGACGGACGAGCCAUCUCCUGAUGAUGAGGUUGAGGAGGUUGAAGAUGCAGCUGCUGCAGAUGGAGUGAAUGAGGAGGGUGCGGGCGGUGAUACUGCGGAUGCUGCUUCGGGUGAGGGCAAGAACAAGAAAAAGGAGAAGAAAAAGGCAAAGAAAGGAGACUUAGAAGCUGAGAACAAAGAGAAAGAGAGCACAGAGGAGGAAGACGGCACAGAAACUAGCACCAAGACAAGAAAACGAAAACCAAGGAAAGAUUAAUGAUGGCUGCCAUUUUAAAUUGUAUACACCAUUCAGCAUGUUCAAGUGACAAAGGCGGCAUUAUUAAUCGAAGGGCUCCGGGACGAUAAGGCCAAACCUCUCCAUUGCAAACCAAUAAGGAUUUUGGUUCUAGGGUCCUGGGUUUUGCGCCACUUCGGGGAAUUUGUCGGUGGUUUUGCAGUUGAAAGAUGUGAGGUUCGCCAGCAUUUGGAGCAAGCAUUUGUGUAUAUCUCAUCAUUUCUAAUCUUGGACGUGUCAACCUUUCAUCCCUACUUUCCUGCAUGGACUCUUCCGUAAAUAUGAAAUACGUGUUGCUAGAAGAGGCCACACAGGCAAAUGGGGGUGGAAAGGUUCAGAACUUGAGGAUAUUUUCAGGACUCCAUCUGAAAAUCUUGAUGUCAAUAGCAGGUCACUGGUCACACCCGUCAAUAACAGCAGAAUUCACAAAUGUUGAACUUACAGUCCUUAGAAUAUUCUCAAGUCUGCAAGCCAAUGAAUUGCCACAAUUUUCAUGUCAUUUUCAUCAAAGUCAAUGAUUCAUUUAUUCAUCAUAGAUGAUCAUAGGGACAUGUGAUGUCUCCUGUUCUACAGUAGAACCUCUCUGUUAAAGACACCCUCGGGACUGGCAAGUGCUGUCCCUAAUACAGAGGUGCCCUGAUUAGAGAGAUGAAAUUGAAUGGAACCAACGAAUUUAGGACCAAAACAAGUGUCCUUGAUAGAGAGGUUGUCCUUAAUAGAGAGGCGUCCGCUAAGGGAUGUUCCGCUAUACUUUCAACUCAAGUCUAGUGUAUGUUGUUGUAAUUUGUAUACACAUGGUUUUCUUAAUCUGACUUGACUUGAAAUAAGUUGAUUGUUCAGCACAUGUGGUUACAUUGUUCUUUGGCACAUGUAACUACAUUGUUCUGGCACAUGUGGUUUGCAUUGCCUAGUUACAUUGUUCUCUGGCACAUGUGGUUACAUUGUUCUCUGGCGCAUGUGGUUUACAUUGCCUGGUUACAUUGUUCUCUGGCACAUGUGGUUACAUUGCCUGGUUACAUUGUCUCUGACACAUGUGGUUUACAGUGCCUGGUUACAUUGUUCUCUGGCACAUGUGGUUACAUUGCCUGGGUACAUUGUUCUCUGGCACAUGUGGUUACAUUGCCUGGUUACAUUGUUCUCUGGCGCAUGUGGUUUACAAUGCCUGGUUACAUUAUUCUCUGGCACAUGUGUCAAGAGACAAGUAUAGAAAAAUCUGUUCACUGUAAAAACAGUAGAGCUUUUAUUAUAAUACCAUUCCAUCUGUAACAGGGCAUAACUUUCAUAGUUGCUGGAGAGAUUUUCUGACACCAAUUCAGUAGCAGAAUGCCCUACAUGUAGUUAAAUUGAAUUGGCAUUCAACCGAUAUGAUUUGAAUAUGUUUCUAAGCACUUUUUUCAUGCUAGAUUAAUAAACUGCUAUGGCUAUGAACUUGAUUUCACAGUGAUCUAUGGAUGUUCUUGAUGCUGUUGACACAUGUAACGUUUAAGAAUUUGUGCCCUGCAUCAGAUUGGAAGGUCUGGAAUAUUAUGUACAAGGUCUUAUAUAUCUGGUUGUUCAGUGUCUAUGAGUGUUAUUAUUAUUUGAAAGCAUUUUGAUAUACAGUCAUCAGAACCAAGACUUGAGACGACUAAAAUAAGAUAACAUAUUAAGAGAGAUUCGACAUGUGAUCUUCCAGUGUUGGCUAGUAACUACAAGUUCACCACUACAAGUUUGGAAAUUGCAAGGCCAAGACAUAUACAUGUAGCAAUAGAACCAGUAGUUAGUAGAUCCUGAAUAUAUUAUAAUGUAUAUCAUAAUAGCUGUUAAUUUAAUUGUAAAAAAAUUAGAACAAUUACAAAUUUUUAUUGGGCGCAUUAUGUAGAAAGAAAUCGUUUUUCUCAUAAAGAAAUAGUGAAACAUCGGGUAGCUGGGUUACUUUCAGUUAGCUUCUGCUUUCUCAUGCUUCUCAGUUCAUUCUCUCAGAAAAGUCGGUUUAAAACUUCUUGUUUUCCCCGGAAUCUGUUAGGACGACUGGUUUUUAGGCCGAGGAUAGGGGUGUUCACUUUUUAACGAGAACUCCUAAAUUGUUAGUGUAUAGAGAAUUGGUGUGACUGUUAAAAUAUGCUUUGUAUCAAAACCAAUGCUUUGACUUGUUCUGAGGGGUCAUCUUUGAUAAGUACAUGUACUUCUGCACAAAUGUAAUGCUCCUCACUGCUCCUUGGUCCAUGUAUUGCACUACUGAGACAAGACCUGGCCCCAAGUUAGAAAAAUAUUGUUUGCUUAUUUAGCCAAAAGAAGGAAAUGUCUUUGUUUGGUGUGCCCAUUUAAUCUUUUUAGGUAUAAGUCAUCCCCUUUGUACUUUAACUGUUUGUGCAUUUACACUACAGUGUACUUAUGACAGGUGGCUCCUUACAACAAUAUGCGUAUUUAUGUUGUACAUGUCGAUUAAAUCUAUGUUUGCAUGCUUGUUGAUUGUACAACGCUAUUUUGCUAUGGAGUCUGCCAGGUUUGCAGCUUGGAAAACACCGCUUGGAAAGAAUUUCAUGAUCAAGCAUGGUGCGACAUGUUUCCCGUAUGUACGCGUUCCCCUAGACUGACAAGGUUUGGCAUUUUGUCAAUUUUACAGUGUGAAUAUUGUCAGUCAGGAUGCGUAUCUAUGAAAAGCGUGCGAAUCUUUCAGGUUUUAUGGUAAAAUUUUCUUCGUUUGUUGAACAUUUAGCAUUUAACUGAUCCUUGAUGCUCUGUUGUUUCUGCAUUGAUUUGUGUAAGUUUUUUCCAUGCCACAGUCAUCUUGACUAAUCAAGGGCAAGGAUGCAUACAGUCCAAAUACAAAUUGUCAUCCCUAUAUUCGCGUCAUUGACGCGCUACCCAGCACGUAGGUCGCGUGUAGGUCACGCAUAAUUUAUGCGAAGCAGAGAAAUAAGGGUGUCACUGUUGCGUUAUUGGCACGUACGCUGCACGUCACUGACGCGAUGCAGGACGGAGGUCAAUUGUGAUUUGGACUGAACUUGUGAUCUCUGAUUGUAAAUAUCAACAAUUCUAAGACACCUUGAUCAGCAUGAACCAAGAUUAAGUGUAUAAUGCACUACAUGUUUACACCUACUGUGCCUCAUUUUGACGGCAGCUGUUCUCUUUAGGCAACCAGAACUGCUCUGGUUGGUGCAAAAUAUCGAGCAGUGAAAAAUGGUCAAAUCACAUUUCAAUGUUAAGUUUGAGAAUAGGAAUCAGGUGGAGCAGUCGUUUCACCCAAAACUUUGGCUGCAGCCUCAGUUUUGGUCUACAUUUUAGCUCCGCCCUUGCGGUGCUAAGGGAGACAACCAAUACCUCCAGUUCGGUGUCGAUUCCUCGAACCAAAGGUACUACAAUGAUGGUGUGCUGACCCUCCUAAGGUCCAGGUUCUGUGGCAGUAUUCUCUCAAAUGUGUUCCCAUCUUGACAUCUAUAUCACUUAGAAGGAUGAAUAUGACUGGAAAUAAUGUUUGAAAAUGUUUUUGUUGUUGUGUAGAAAUCAGGGAAUCCCAUGUUACUGAGUGUACUGUGUUUUCCCAACAAGACCAAACUUUAUAAGCCAAUGCGGCACCUGUACAGUGUGUCCCAGCGAACUACCUUUUAGUGUGAUAAAUUGUGAAUGGCAUGACGUCAGUAAAAGAUUCUGUGCAGUUAUUCCUAGUUAUUGAGGAAACAACUUGGCUUCUGUUGAUAGAAUUAAUGUUGUCGCAGGGAUAUUAUAUAAUGUUCUGGGUUGGAUAAUCUACCAAAAGACCGGCAGUUUCAUGGUGUAGCUACCAUGGCUAUUGGGUGUUGCCGAAAAAUAAUUAGAUUUUUCUACAUGUAUAUGUAUGUACAUUAUUUUACUGUCUGUUUAUCUCCGUUCAAGAACUGAGGUGGUCUGCGUAUAAAUGUGCCAGUGGUUGUGUUUGUUUCCAUGUGUUAUGAACUUUGAAAGGUGUUUAUACUCCAUUUCACGAAAAAAUUGUCCCCUGAUUUUUGAUCGAUUUCACCGAGAUAAUGACAUAUUUGAACAAGGUGUUAUGUUUCAUCUGAAACUUCAAUCAAAGUCUUAAAGGUACAAUAUAGGCAGGCAAGAUAAAGUUACACCAAGCCGGCAAUAGGGGUCUCCCACAUCUCACAGUAGGUCGAAAUGAUUCACGCUUGUAUGAGGGAUAUAUUUAGUGCCGAGUCGGACAUGACCAAGGGUCCUUACUGUGUAUACUACUUACUAGUCACUUGAAGAUGGCCAAAUUAGCCCAUCUCCUCCUUCCUACAGUCCCCCUUUAAGUAGCUAAAAAUGCUUACUGUAUCUUUGUCGGAAUCAGACAAAACAUGGCUAAGAACAAGCCUCUUGAAGCAAAAUACUGAAAUUUUGAGACAAUACCACCAAUGAAUAUUCAUAGGUUGGAGGGUCCAGGCCUAUCAAUUAGACGAGUGCAUGUUUUUAACUCUCAAGUACAUAUUUGGAGAGGUAUUGAAAAAAUAUUUGCUGUGGCAAGUCUACAGAUAUCAAGAAAUUGUUUGAUGAAAAAAUUAUUUUGAAUUUUGCUUAUUUGGUAAUUAGGGGGCUUGUUUUGAGAUUUUUCUGCCAGUUGGCUGAAAAGAGUGGAAAUAUCAAUGUCUGUCCAAUUUGUCGAUUAUCAAAAAAUUUCCGUGGUCAACUACCAGUUAACUUUUCACCAUUUACUUGCCCGACUGUCCGGAAUAUCAUCUCAAAAUUUCAGAUUCACAACCCCGCGCAGUAUUUGAUGCGUCGCGGUCAAACAUUGACAAUUGAACUGCUAAAAGGCUUAAAAAAUCAAUGGUGGUCUUGCCUCUUUUAGGCUUGUUUUGCGUGUAGUGCCAUUUUUUCAUGAAAUGGAGUACAGUACUAGUCUGGAAUUUUAUAUUACUGUAGACCCCUUUAUUUUUGCGGCUCAACAUUUUAGCAAAAAUAACCCUUUCAAAUUUUACUACUAAAUUCCACAAAUGGAUGGGUUUUCCAAUGAUUAUAUCAUUACCGCAAUUUUGGCGCCAUUAAUGUUUGGGUGUUAAAGAAAAGAAACUUGCAAAAAAUAUUCGGCUUGUGAAAAUAAAAGGUGGUUACGGUAUGUACUUAGCAUGCAUCAUCAUUAUUCAGGGGUUCCACGUCAUUGCUGAUAUCUGUCUUUGUAAGUGAAGUAUUAGCCUCAUACCAUGAGGCUGUAUCGGCGCUAUAUGUGAUAGAUUUUGAAGACUGCUUGCCUCUAGGAGACCGCGCUGGCAAACACUAACAUUAGCAUGACAACGAGAAAUGGACUACUGUGUUAGAGAUAAUCAUUUUUCUACGUUGUAGAUAUUUAAACUUGUAAAUUUAGAAACCAAAGGAACUAAGAAUUGUAAUGACAUGUUUCACAAACCAAAAAAAUACGUUGUGUACGAAUUCUCUUAAUUUGCCUUGAAGUUCAAAAUACAUCAAGAGCUACCCGAAA